AUGACCAUUCAAGCUACAAGCGUAGCGUCUGAACUUAUUAUUAGUAAAGGGGGAUGUAUAUUAACUGAUCAUAGAUCAUCGUUAACUAACGAACAUGCCAAUAUUUUUAGUACAUCGUCAGCUAAUUCAUUUUUAAAUGAUCCAGGGAACUGGCCUCUUCAUAUUCCAUGCAGUAUGAAGGGCUAUUWUYUGGAACUGGGAACAUGUCAACCAACUUCCAUCGAAUUAUUUCAUAAUAUAUUUCCAAAAAUAGGGGACAAAAAUGGUGRAAUCAGAUCAUUCCAUGAAAGUUAUUACACCAAAACUUUGCCAGAUGGAACAUGUUCAAGACGCCUCUGGUUAUCAUACUCGCCAAGUUUGAACCGUAUUUUCUGCAUUUCUUGUAAAGUUUUUGGAUUGCCGAAAGCAAAAAAUAUGAUAAUGGCUUCUUCAGGUUCAAAUGAUUUUAAAAAUUUAAAAAGAAAUAUUGAAGCUCAUGAAACAUGCAUGCAUCACUUGCAAGCAGAAAUCAGUCGUACUUUGUUUGCAAGUAAUUAUAGGAUUGAUGUUGAAAUAGUCCACUCAGCCAAUCAAAAAAUAGCAGAUAACCGRGAGGUAUUAAAAGUUGUAAUUGAUGUGCUUGUUUAUAUUGCUCGACAAAAUAUACCUUUAAGAGGGCACAAUGAAUCUUCUUCUUCAAURAAUAAAGCUGAUAUAGUUAGAUCGUUUAUUUUAAAGCAAGUAMAAAAAUCUGGAUUAUUUUCCGAUAUCAUUGAUACAACAACUGAUAUAGCUAAGCUUGAACAAUUUUGUCUUGUGAUCCGUUAUGUUGAUGAAUAUAAUAAAGUCCAAGAGCGAUUAGUAUCUCUAGAAACUGCUCCAGACUCAUCUGGACUUGGGAUGUUUCAACUGUUUUCUAAGAUAACAGAAACUCAUAAUAUUGAUUGGAAAACACAACUCUGUGCACAAGCUUAUGAAGGAGCAUCAUGCAUGCAAGGUAUUUAUUCAGGUUUAAGAACACACAUACAGAAAGAAAACCCCAGAGCUGUUUAUAUCUGGUGUUUUGCUCAUGUGAUUAAUUUAGUGGUUGUUGACACAUGUGACUGUUCUGUAGAUACAAAAUUAUUUUUAGGAGACAUUCAAGCAAUAAACCAAUUUAUGCGAGCUCGCAAAAGAACAGCAAAGUUUAUUCAUUAUCAAAAAGAAUGUUUUCCAAAAGAUCGAAUUCGACGUCUAAAGCAUUUUUCUACUACCAGAUGGACGUCUCAUGGGAGAGCUAUUGUUGUARUUUAUGAAAAAUAUCAAGCAUUACUAAAAACAUUAAAUUAUUUAWCUACUGCUGAUGAUUUAGAUCGUGACACUGUAUCAAAAGCAAAGAGUUUAGCUAACACUAUUAGUUCAUUUAAGUUUAUAAUAUCAAUGGAAUUAAUGAAAUCCAUUUAUUCUAUAACCACACCUUUAUCAAAAUGCCUUCAAUCAAAAAAUUUAGAUUUUAUCCAAGCUCUAGUACUUAUAGACGAAGCGCAGAAAAGUUUACAGCAUAUGCGAAGUGAUGAAGGAUUUAUGAGCCUAGUGAACGUAGCCAAAACUUUUUCAUCUAAUCAAAAUCKAACAGAAGUUGACUUUAGAGAAAUCAGACAUAGACGUAAAAAACAKAUGGCAGGAGAAAUAGCAAUGGAUGAAACAGAAAUGCUAGCAAAAAUACUAAAGGACCUAAGUUUAUUAUCACCGCAGCGAAUUUUAUUUUAUUCAAAUAAUGGUCMUAAAUUACCAGAAGAUGCUUUUGAAGAUAUAGGGAAGUGGUUACCAAGUAUAGAUCUUAGUAAUUUAAGAACAGAAUAUUCUAUGUUUACUAAAUCACUAMAAGGUUUAUUACUUGGACUUGGGCCCAAUAAACUACAUCAGAUUGAAAACAACCCAUUGGACAAUGAUAGUUGUAACAAUACUGAUACAGAAUUAAGCUCAAGUGAAAAUGAUUGUAUAAAUUCUAAAGAAACAUUAACAACUGAUCAAUUGUUUCAAGUUGUAUCAAAUUUUGGAAUUAGACAUGCAUUCCCAAACUUAUAUAUAGCCUAUAAGGCACUCCUUACCAUUYCAGCAGCUUCUGCCUCUGCAGAACGAGCAUUUUCCAAAGUAAAACUAAUCAAAACAAGAUUACGUUCAACAACUGAACAACACAGAUUAGAAAGCCUCAUGAUACUAAGUUGUGAAAAAGAUAUACCUAUUGACUAUAAUGCAGCCAUUAAUCAAUUUGCUUUAUCCUCUGAUUUAUUAAAAGAUAAUUUAAUUUUCAAAUARAUAUAG